UUGAUCCAGCUCAGCCGCUGGGUGUUUGCAGCAGCUCUUUCCCUAAGUCCAGCCAUCUGUUACCUGCCUUGCUUCCUGGGGAGAGAGAGUCCACCUCGGGCCGCCCCGGAGAUCCGGCGAGUGUGCUCGCAGGAGUCUGGGGGGUGCUGUGGGCCCCGGCAGUGACCGCCUCCUAGGGAGCCUCCACACCCGGAUGCCAGCCGUGUGAGGCGGAGGGACAGGCCUUCUUGCCCCCUCCCGGGCUGGACGAGGAAGAGCGCACAGGGGAGGGCUGGGCAUGUCUGAGACAUCGUCCUGCCCUGCCGGCCAGGAGCCCCCUGCCCCAGGCUGCAGGCUGGGGGCCUUGUACUGGGCCUGUGUCUGCAAUGACCCCGUCCAGCUCCAAGCCACGUUGGAUGGUGGGGUCUCCCCAGAAGAGGCCACCCAGGUGGAUGGAAACGGGAGGACAGGUCUCAUGGUUGCCUGCUACCGUGGCUUCCAGAGUGUGGUGGCUCUGCUCAGCCGCUGCCCUUUCCUCGAUGUGAACCAGCAGGAUAAAGAAGGGGACACAGCCCUCAUGCUGGCUGCCCAAGCAGGCCAUGUGCCUCUGGUGAGUCUCCUGCUCAACUACUAUCCGGGCCUGGACCUGGAGCGCCGAGACCAGCGGGGACUAACAGCACUGAUGAAGGCCGCCGUGCGGAACCGUUCGGAAUGCGUGGCUGCCCUCCUCAUGGCAGGUGCUGACCUGACAGCGGUGGAUCCUGUUCGGGGCAAGACAGCCCUAGAGUGGGCACUGCUGACUGACAGCUUUGACACCGUGCAGAGGAUCCGGAUGCUACUGCGGCGCCCCCAAAUAGAGCAGCUGAGCCAGCAUUACCAACCCGAGUGGCCAGCCUUGCCUGGGCUUGUGGCUCAGGCCCAGGCCCAGGCCCAGGCCACCCCAUCUCUCCUAGAGCGACUGCAGGCCACCUUGAGCCUCCCCUUUGCCCAGUCUCCUCAGGAGGGUGGUGUCCUGGACCACUUCGUGACCAUCACGACCAGCCUGGCCAGUCCCUUCCUCACCACGGCCUGCCACACCCUGUGCCCUGAGCAGCCACCUGCGCUGGGCACCCGCAGCAAGUCUGUGCCAGAGCUGCUAGGCACUGCCCCGCCCCCUCCCCCAGUCCCUCAGCCCCCCCAGGUAGUCCCUGGCUCCCGGGUCCUCAUCCCCUACCAGAGCCGUCAGGGCAUGCUGAGUAUGUGCCCUCAGUGGCUACAGCCCAGGGACAGUAGCAGCCCCAGGCCCCAAGCCCCCAAGAUCCGCCUCUCCAAGGCAUCGUCAUCUCCCACACAGUACAAGCUGGAGCCCAGGCCUCGAGAGAAUCGAAGCCUAGCCCUUCCUGUCUGGAGAUACCAGGAGCUCAGGAUAGAGAGGAGGAGGCAGGAGGAGGAGGCUAGGUGGGCACAGAAUUAGGGGAAGAUGGGCUAAGGCCAGGCUGGGAGCCCGUAAUCAGGUCUCUCCCUAAGGCUCCUUCGCCCUCGAGAGUCCUUUUGCUUUCCCAUCCAUCUCUGUACAAAUGAUUCUACGCUAACCUCCUUAGGAGGUUAUUCAUACAGCAUUGUUUGCAAUCGUUAAGAGUGAAAACAACCUAAGCAUCCAUCAACUUAGCUAGGGGACUAGCUAAGUUGAUUAUGGGUGUGAUUACCGUACAUCCAUAUGAUGUAUUCUAUACAGUGGUAAAACAAGAUUAAGGAAGCUCUUUAUGUUCUGAUACGAAACUAUCUUCAAGAUGUAUUAAGCAUAAAUAAUCAAGGAGUGGAACAGCGUGUAUGGCAUGCUACUAUUUGUCAAAGUAAAAUUUGCACCAAGAUAAACUUGACUAAUACAAACAUAUAGUGAGUACCAGGAUGUAUUUAACUACGUAGUGAAUGAAGGAUUGAAGGAGGGAAAGGAAAAACCAUUACUGACAGUGGAGAGAAGAAUGCUUGAAUGAGAUUGGAAAGGUAGGUACAAAAAAGUUUAAUUCCUACCCGGCAAUAAAACCAUCACUUUUGGGGCGCCUGG